UUUUAGAUUUCACUGGUUAAAGCUCGCCUCUUCUCAGUGUUCCUACACACAGGGCCAGCAAACAUGCUGUAGAUAGUACAACUCCAGCACAGGAGUAAGCCUACAAAUUACCUUGUGCCACAUCAAGGAACAAAUUCCAGCUUCUUACAACAAAAUACUGCUGCCCUUUGAGAAGAUGCACGAUGUGCUCAAUCACAAGGAAUUUCAUCGCUUACAACUCUGACUAGGAGAUUUUCAACAGGAAGAAAAAAGGGGGAAGAGCAACUUCCUCUUUUCACAAAUUUCCUUCUAGUUUUCAAGAUCUUGCUUUCUUUCAACACUUGCUCGAAGGCUGAUUCCCAUGCCGUCCGCCAUAAAUGCAGCAGUGGCUCAGCAGACAGCUGCUGGGUCAGUUCCCAGUGCUACUGUUAGCACUACAGCUGAAGGUACAGGUGGGGGCACAGGGGGGAUUUAUUCUGCCAUUAUAAGUCGCAACCAGCCCAUUAUCAAAGUAAAGGAAAAGACCUAUGAAGAGCUUCACAGGAAGUGCCUGGAGAAAAACAUUCUCUAUGAGGAUCCUGAUUUCCCACCUAAUGAGAGUUCCCUCUUCUACAGCCAGAAAAUCCCCAUCAAGUUUGAAUGGAAAAGACCACGUGAAAUCUGUGAGAAUCCACGAUUUAUUAUUGGUGGAGCUAACAGAACAGAUAUCUGCCAAGGAGAAUUAGGUGACUGCUGGUUCCUGGCUGCCAUUGCUUGUCUGACACUGAAUAAAAAACUGCUCUGCAGAGUUAUACCUCAUGACCAGUCCUUUAUUCAAAACUAUGCUGGCAUCUUUCACUUUCAGUUUUGGCGCUAUGGAGACUGGGUGGAUGUCAUCAUUGAUGACUGCCUACCCACAUACAACAACCAGCUGGUCUUCACCAAGUCCUCCCAACGCAACGAGUUCUGGAGCGCUCUCCUGGAAAAGGCCUAUGCAAAACUCCAUGGGUCCUACGAAGCUUUGAAAGGAGGAAACACCACAGAGGCCAUGGAGGACUUCACUGGAGGAGUGACAGAGUUCUAUGAGAUAAAGGAUGCUCCUAAAGAUAUCUAUAAAAUCAUGAAACAUGCCAUUGCCAGAGGAUCCCUCAUGGCCAGCUCUAUUGAUGAUAACCUAGGCUUUUCCUACGGAUCAGCUCCUAGAAGCGACAUUGGUGAAAUGAUUGCUCGAAUGGUGAAGAAUCUAGAAAAUGCACAGAUGUCUCACCCCACUGUGGACUACCAGGGGACAGAUGAAAGGCCAGCCUGGACCAUAGUGCCAAUGCAGUAUGAAACCCGGAUGUCUUGCGGACUGGUCAAAGGUCAUGCCUACUCUGUCACAGCUGUGGAAGAGACAACAUUUAAAGGGGAAAAAAUACGCCUGGUAAGGUUGAGAAACCCCUGGGGACAGGUGGAAUGGAAUGGACCUUGGAGUGAUAAAUCAGAAGAGUGGAACUUCAUUAACGAAGCAGAGAAAGUCCGUCUGCAGCACAAGAUCGCGGAGGAUGGGGAGUUCUGGAUAUCUUUUGAAGAUUUCAUGAGGCAUUUCACAAAACUUGAGAUCUGUAACCUCACACCUGAUACUCUGGAAGCUGAUAAACUCCAGACCUGGACUGUGUCAGUCAACGAAGGGCGCUGGGUGAGAGGCUGCUCAGCUGGAGGCUGCCGCAAUUAUCCAGAUACAUUUUGGACCAAUCCCCAGUAUCGUCUGAAGCUCCUGGAGGAAGAUGACGAUCCUGAGGAUGAAGAGGUUAUCUGCAGCUUCCUUGUUGCACUGAUGCAGAAAAACAGGAGGAAAGAACGCAAGCUGGGAGCCAACCUGUACACCAUUGGCUUUGCCAUCUAUGAGGUGCCCAAAGAGAUGCAUGGCACUAAGCACCACUUGCAAAAGGAUUUUUUCCUCUACAAUGCCUCCAAAGCUAGAAGUAAGACUUACAUAAACAUGAGAGAAAUCUCUGAGCGCUUCCGGCUGCCUCCCAGCGAGUACGUUGUCAUACCAUCAACAUAUGAACCCCACCAGGAAGGAGAAUUCAUUCUGAGGGUUUUCUCAGAGAAAAGAAGUCUUUCAGAGGAGGUUGAAAACAUGAUUGAGGCAGACCGUCCAUCAAAGAAGAAAAAAGGCAAGCCUAUCAUCUUUGUUUCUGACAGAGCAAACAGCAAUAAGGAGCUGACAACAGAUGAAGACGCUGGCAAAGAUGGUGACAAAACCCUCAGAGAUGAGAAAAAGCGUCAUUCAGCAAAAGCUCGUGAAGAGAAUGAAGAGGAAAAACAAUUCAGGAAUAUUUUCCAACAGAUUGCAGGAGAUGACAUGGAGAUCAAUGCUGAAGAACUCAGGAACGUUCUAAAUAAUGUCGUAAAAAAACAUAAGGACCUAAAGACAGAAGGAUUUGAACUGGAAUCCUGCCGCAGCAUGAUUGCUUUAAUGGAUACAGAUGGCUCAGGGAAGAUAAACUUUGAUGAAUUUCGACAUCUCUGGGACAAGAUUAAAAGCUGGCAGAAAAUUUUCAAGCGUUAUGACACAGAUCAUUCGGGAACCAUUAACAGCUAUGAGAUGCGCAAUGCAGUCAAGGAUGCAGGAUUUCGGCUGAACAACCAGCUCUACGACAUCAUUACAAUGCGCUACGCUGACAAGAACAUGAACAUCGAUUUUGACAGCUUCAUCUGCUGCUUUGUGCGACUGGAUGCUAUGUUCAGGGCAUUCCACGCCUUUGAUAAAGACGGGGAUGGAAUCAUUAAGCUCAAUGUGCUAGAGUGGCUGCAGCUCACCAUGUACGCCUAACACCGGAGCCCUCUGCCACCUUCAUCAAGAACACGCUCAAGACCUCUCUUUUAAGUAAUGAACUCCAUUCAUCCCCAAGUGCAAAUGAGCAUUGCACACUAUAUAUGCGCUUCACUCACUGAGAUGAAUGGUACAUGAAAGAAUCCCUUGGAAAAGAGACAGCUGUACUCCAGUAGACCAGUGUUCAUAAUCUGUAACUACUUUUGUAGUAUCUCUAUGACAUUUUACUUUGGGCAGCAAGGAUUAAUUUAUUAAUGACUGUGUUAAGAUGUUUCUGCAUGGUAAUGAGUAAUGGUUCAUGCUCCGUGUCUGCUUACGCUGACAAUUACAAAGUCUUCCCUCAAGUCAGUGCGAGUCAGGCAGAACUGGGACUGUAUCUAACUGUGAAUGUCAGAGAUGUUUACUACCACCUUGGAAUUAGUCAACUCUUUGUUCUGAUUUUGGUACUUUCAUUUUAGCCUCUUCAUAAUGUGGACUAUUUCACAUGAGAUUGCGCUAACUACAUUAAUGUUAUGCAUCCUAAUAAUGUUAAUGUAUGUCAUUGUAGCCAUGCAGGUUGGUUCUCUGCUGUGCUAAAAUGUGGAAGUCAGGCACAACAGGCUGCACCAUCUAGGUAUGUCUUGGGUCUAGUGCCUCAGUAAAAAUGGCAGAACAAAGCAAUUCAGUCUCAAACAUUUUUAGUAUCCCCAUGCUAUCUGUUAUGCAUUGAAUGGUUUUACUUUUUCAUCAUAACUGCAUUCUCUGUAAAACUGAGGAAGUGGUGUUCUGCUUUCAAGAAAGCCGCUCAGGAAAGAAAAUCUCUUAUACACACAUAUAUAUAUAUAUAUAUAUAUAUUAUUUAUAUAUAGAUGUACAUGUAAAACCAUACACGCACACUUUUUUGUCCUCAGGGUUCUAUGUUGUUGACUAACAGUUUCUGCAUUCUGUUUUAAUCUCAAAACCAGCUGGAUCCCAACUCAGAGUCCUUUCCCUGGUUAUGAAGUAAAGGUUUUACUGGUUAUGAAGUAAAAACUCCAUUUUUCUGAAUAUUGUAAAAGAAUCACAUCUACUACUUCUACAUUUAGGAACAUAGUAUUGCCUUUUAUUAGUGUAUUAUCUUCUCAAUGUAUAGGCAAAUAAUUUAGUGGCUGUUGUAUUAGUGGGUAUGUCAAGGCUAGCCUAAAUUUUCCUUGAUAAAACCUUCCUCUGUUCUGUCUUCCUAUCAGUGAUUUGCAGAUCCUCUAAAAGGUGUUUCCACCUCUUGUCUUAGUUGAUCAUUAUCCCUCUUGCAGUUUAACCGCAAACUAGGGAGUCAAUGAUUAGGAGGAAGAUUAAAGAAUUACUAACUACAACCUAACAGUAAAUUUCAGGGGCUCAAUAAAUUAAAAUAACACCAGACUAAUGCAGAGAGCAAAUAAGCAGCGGGUUUUUAGUACAGGUUAUGCACUAAAACAAUGAACAACAACACACUCAAAGUAUAGAAGUAUUUCCUGGCAUUAUUCAGUAUUUCUUUAUUGUAAGAUGUGAGUUUUAGCAGAAUCAGACACUUAACGUUGGUGUGACCACUUGGGGAAGAUGGUUAGAAUGUGUAAGUACAGUUUAACUGAACUGAAAAUACAUCAACCGAGUUUUGACCCAUCCUUUAGAGUUCACUUUUUUGAAGAAACAAAGGGGGAUGAAUACUGAGCACUCUCCCAUCAUUCUCAUGAAUAUACAGCAGCUUCUGUAGUUUUACUGCAAACGUGAAAUCAGUUUAAGAUCUCAAACGCCAGUCAGUUCAUGAUCUGAAUGCAUUAAAAAAAGCAGGUAAGCUUGAUAGGCUUUCAGAACUGAUCAAUCACUAAUCAAUACAAAAUAGGAUAGAAAAACAUGCGCAAGAAAGGGGUGUGAAGAGACCAGACUUGGUCAGGAGAACCUUCUACUGAGAGGAAGCCCUUGCCUCAUGCAUGUAUGCACAAAAUUUUUGGUGAAGUCUGUAUUUUAAAUAGUGUAUUCUAUUUUCUAAUUAAGUGUUAACAUAUAUGAAAAGUAGCUAGUCAAAUUAAAAGCUCUUAUUUUUUUUUCCCCUUCUUCAUGUGAGGCUUAAAAAAUACAAUCUAAGGAAUCAUUAGAAUAGCUGCUUAAUUAAGGCAACAAAAGAUGAAUAGUCUUAGUUCUUUAGUAGUGAAAAGUAACAAUGCAAAACAAGCUACUAUUGUAAAGAAAAAUUGCAAAACCAAAUCCUAGCAUACUUACUCCAAUAAGUAUCACAUUUAACUGACAGUUCACUAAGAAACAGAAAACCUUUUGACUAUAAAGGUUCUUAAUGUUGUCUUGCACUGUAACAUACUCUAAAAGAGUAAGAAAAUCCUAUAGUUCAUGUAAGGAAGGGUUAUUCUCCUUUAAAUUCAACUUUUGUUUUAACCCAAAUUAAGAUUAUAAAAUGACUGGAAGACCAGGAUCCCUAAGUUCCAGCCACAUGGUAUCCCUAGUAAGCCAUUAUUUUCCACACAAAAAUAUGGCAGAGAUACACUUGGUUGGGGUCCUCAUAAAAAAAGAAAAUCCAUCAGUCAAAAAAAA